CAAAGACGGAAAAUCUAGUACAAGUCGUAACUUGUUCGCUCUGUUGUUCUUUGCCAAAAUAAUAGGAGUAAUGUCAUUUUGCAUUAGUUAGAAGUUUUCGGUUUUCUGUGUCGGUUGUCUUUUAAGUAACACGAAAAAUGCGAGAAAUUUAGUGAACGAAGCGCUUUUGUUUCAUUUUUAUAUCAAAUAUUUAUGAUGUUGACUACCAGUUGCUUCAGUGCUUUGAAAAGACAAUGUUUACCUACGUUUUUAGAAUUGUAGCGUAGUACUCAAUGUUUAUAAAAAUAUUUAGUAACUCAAAUUUCAUCUAAAACAUCGUGUUUUUGCUCAAAUUAGUGUUAGUGUGUAUUUAGCAUUCAGUAUAUGCUGUGGACAGUUGUGAUUUGACUACACAGGGCCAGGGAUAAAUUGCAAAAUGUUCAGGGUGUUGUUCUUGUGUGUGGCGGUGACGUUGAUUCCGGUGCGUGCUCAGCCAUCGUUUUGCUCAGAAGACGUCCAUUGCUCCGAAGGGUACUACUGUGAAAAAGAAAACAAAAUAAAUGAAUGUCGAGAAUGCCUGUCCUGCGAGGAUCUCAUGAGGGAGCCCCCGGCGGCAUAUAAACAGUGUAUUAAGUCGGUCGCCGAUUGCGGGGACUGCAUCAAUAAUUUGGUGGUGGACCGGCGGGCUGAUGUGAAUUCAAAGUGCGUGCCUCCUGAUACUUCAGAACUACAAUCAACGCCUCCCUACGUGUGGAUAUUCAUUGGAAUCGGAGUUCUACUGCUUAUUGCCGCCUUCGUCGGUAUCGCCUAUUUUGUAAUCUUCAAGACUCCUGACUAUGACAACCAGUCUAGUACAGUGACAGCGAGGAUUACGGCGACCGCUCCCGAGGCUCCACCGCCCUACAAUCCGUUGCCCCAGGCACCAUACCAUUCACCAGUCUACAACGAGGAAACGACUGCUUAUAAUGAAGACGAACAGUUCAUCAAGCGGCCCCUAUCUCGACCGCAGGAUGCGCGGGAGUCGGCAGGGAACCAAGCCGCCAGAGUCUAUGACAAGCCGAUAUAUGAACGAGAUCUCCCACCUCCCGCUCCGGAGUCCCCUGUGCCGGAGUAUACGGAGCCAAUGACCCUACCAGCCCAUGAUGAGGACACGAUGCCGAGCCCGUGGAUGCCUGGCUCCACGACCAGUAAUGGAGACGUUAAUGCCUACGUGGUGAGUGAAGGCGGUGGUGGUGACGCGGACGGUAGCUCGUCCAACCUGCCCGCGCUACUGGCCGCCGCGAGGGAUACGACGCUCGUCGAACAUCCAGCAGCUAAGAAACGAUGUGUCAGACAGGACUCGCUAAAUAACAAUCGGGAUAACGGUUCAUGUGGGGACAGCAGUCAUACCAGUUUCCCGCGCUCCCCGUCACCGAGCCACGGCCAAGGCGGGCCGCCAUACAGCUUUAUAACACAAAUUACAAACGUCGUGCAGAUCAACACCAGCAAGUGACGUCACUCCGCCAACGACAAUACUCCGCCACUUAGUUUACGUAUUAUAAGGUAAAAUGACAAUUUUCUCUGUAAAGUUAGAAAUUUUACUCUAAGAUACGUCAUUUUAUCUUAAAACUUAGUCUUAAUGUUACUAUUUUGAAUUUAGCGUAAUUGUGGAUAUUGUAAUUUUAUACUUUUUCUAGUUAAAAAAGAAAAUGUUAUGAAAAGUCAAGAAAAUGAAAAAAAAAUGUUUUAGGUUAGCAUCAAUGUUAGAUUGGUGUGUAUAAAGUGCCUUAUGGAGAGGAAUUCUUACCCAUUGAACUGUGAUGUAGAUUUAUGUGCGUAUAUACCGGUGCAUAUACCAGUCAUGUUCGAGAUCUGUGCGAUCAAUUCAUGAUCUCAAUAACGUAAUGUAAUGUUAGAUACGCCUAGUGAACAGUCGGUAGCUUAAACGAUGAGAGAGAUGGAAAAGACAUUAUUUAAUACUUGCUUGCUCAAGUUAUAUUAAUUUAGAAGAAUAUUUGGAUCAUUUAAUACUUAAUGAGUCGUUUAAGAAACCAGUCUUGUAAGUAUUCAGUAUGGUUCAAAAGUGCUAUCAAAUGUUGGCCAUAAACUAGUGCCUUGUUACAAAAUAACUGAAUCAUUUCAAAUAUAAUAUGCAAUGUAUUAUUUAUUUAGCAUAAUAUCUUAAUUCUAAGCUUUCAAGGCUUGAAGAUAAGAUAUAAAUAAUGAUUUUCCUGUAUAGAAUAUGUUGUAUAUAAGAUACUAAUAUUAUUUUUUUAAAUAAAUGUUCCUUAAAGUUGCAGAAAUUAUAUAAAAUAUGUAUUAUUCGAGGAUUCGGGGUGCUUAGAGAAUAUUAAAAUUUCAAAAUGUCCCUGCAGUAAUCUGUCCUACAUAAAAAUACUCUAAACUUAAAUAAAUGUUAUGGUUAUAAAAAAUCUUUGUAAUUCAAUUCAAGAUAUUAUUUAUUAAUGAUUGUGAUGUUUUUAUUUACGUAAUGUUUCGCAGAGAAUAUAAAAGAAAAAUAUUGUCUUUGUAUGGUCUUAUUGAUUAUCAGUCAUGUUAAAUGAAAGAUUUAUCCAUAGAUCAAAUUAAAAUAAAAAAAAACCGACAACCUGCCAUUGACUCAGUAAUUAUUGUCAAGUCAUUGUUUUUAAAUGUGUCAAGGACCUCUUUCUGACCAAACAGGUUUCACCUUCGAUUCAGAGACACAGACUAAAACAUCGACUAAAAAUCAAAUUAUAGAUAAGAAAAAAUAGUGAAAAAAAUUCAGUGGUUUAUUAUUAAUAUUUAAUAAACAGGGUAAAACACAUAAUCAUUAGAUUGCAUAUUUAUUCAUUUUUUUUACAUAAAACGAGUAAAUGUUUUGAUUUUUUGCAUUUAACAAGGGCCAAUUACCGAAUAUUUCGUUGCGGUACUACUGUUUUGUACUUACAGAACUAUGUUUGAUUAGUACAUUUUACCAUAUUGUAAUUAAACAUAUUUUAGCAUUUAUGUAAACGCAAUACUCACGUAUUGUGAUUCAUAUUUUAUGCCAAUGUAUUCUAGUGUGCUAUAUUUGUGUAGUUGCUUCCAUUAUUUUAGUUGUUUUAUUGUUUUGCAUGAUUUUUUUAUUCUAACACUGUUGUGUGCGUGCGUUCAGACCGGCCAAUUAGGUGUAGAAAAUUUAAUAACAGAACUGUUGCCUAGCAACAGCUGUCUUUGAAUUGAGAUUCAGUUAUAUUGCACCGGUGGUGCUAAUAUUUUAGUAAAGAAAUAGUUUUGAUAAAUAUAAUUGUGCAACUGAUAUAUAAUAUUGUGUUGAUUACUCCGAUUUUAUUAUAAUUUGUAUCAAUUAAUGUUGAUUGAAAGUUUCCGAAUGUCAAAUAAAUACUCGCUUUAAUUCACUGCCUGCAUUUCCAACAGUAAAUACGAUGCUCAUUAGUUCGUUACUUAAGAGAUGUAACUGAAGGCUGUGAAGCACUUAUUACAAGUUACACUAACUCUUGUUAAUUGUUAAUGUUAAGUCAUUAAUGAAUUGUCCAUACUUGCCGAGUUUUACUAUUCAUUAAUGAGUUAAAUGAGAUUUUAGUCUCUUGUGAAUAAAGUUGUAUGUAAAUAUUA